GUGCGGGCGCGUCGCCGACCCAGAUAGCGCGCCCGGAGGCGACCGACUCGCGCCGGAGGAGUCCCGAGCGCGGAGGUCUCGCGUUCCGGGUGCGUAGCGCCUCGGUCGAUGAACCGUUACGCUGUCGGUCCUCGGUACCCGACCUAACCGCCUAUCGCUAUCUACUUCGUACAUAUUGAUUUUUGAACUAGUGCGUCAUCGUCCAUUUUCAUUCAUAUACAAGAGACGCGUGUUUAUAAACGUGUGGCUUGAAGCCCCUCUCGUUGACUGCGAAGAAAGAAUGAUUGUCGUAGAAUAAUCAUCGUGGCCCGUAAAGCGGAAUAGAUAGCUACAUCUUAUUAGUGUUAAUUCAGCCAAGUUUAUCUAAUAAAAGAGAAAUGUGCGUAUAUAUAUGCAUAUGUAUAUAAUAUAACCUGAUCCGAACUGAAACUAUAAAUAUUUUUUUAUGAACUAUCAACACACUACAUAAAGAAAUCAGAUUAAAGAGGGAAGAAGUGAACAGUUUGGAACAUUACCGUAGUGAACGUCAUUACGACUCCACCGGACUGAUACUGAACGCUUAGUUCGCUCCGCCACUCCGUAGCGAAAGCCUGACCGCCGGCUCAUCCGAAGCUGGAAGUGCACACUGGCGGGCGGCGCGCGACGAAGAUCGAUACAUUUGUAAGUGCGAGCCGGCGCGCUGAGCGCAGAGUUCAGCUCGUCGACCGCGGCGAGCGCGGGCGUAUCGAUCGCGGCUCCGGCGGGCGGCGGGCGAGGCGGUCGGCGCAGCGCGGGGGCGACUCCCCACAUCGAUCGCCGCCCCGCGCGGUGGCGGCGGGCGCUAGUAGGCGCGCACCCGCGACGCGGCCGGCAGCGCCACGGGCCCGCAGCCGCAGCCCCUGCCUCGAGCCGCGAGCAGAAGAGCUCUAGUCGGUAGCACCGACGAUGGAGGGAGGCGCGGGAGUGGGCAGCGUAGCUUCCCUAACGAUGGACUGCGAGGAUAUGUUUAAAGAGAUAACAAAAAAGCUAUACGGCGAGGAGGCAACCGUAGGCGUGGGAGUGGGAGUGGGCGUAGGUGGUGUUGUGGGUGUGGAAUUCCCCGCGGCGGAGCGUGAUCUACAGGAUGACGAGCUGCGCCCCGAGGAACACAUUACUGCGUGGGGUCUCGCUGCGCUCAUGCAGAACGGCUUCCCUCCUCCGGGAAUUUUACAGGCUAACUUCACACCCCGCACGGACCCGACGGCGGAGGACAGGUGGACGGCGGCGGAGGAGCCGCUGGCGUGGGCGCACUCGCGUGUCGCCGCAUACAACCCCGCACAGCGCCUGUUCAAGUGCGCGGACUGCGAGUGCGUCGGGUUCCUCGCCCGCGUAGCAGAGCACUGGCUCGGUACGCAUUCGCAGGCGCGCGCCUUUCAGUGUCCGCUGGCCGGGUGCGGGUUCGCGAGCGGGUGGGCGCGCGCCGUGCGACAGCACCUCGCCCGCGACCACCACUCCGACCCGGCCGCCGCCGACCACCUCCUGCGUGACAACCCUGCCCUCGACGACCUCACACGUUACCUCCAGCGACUCAAAACUAAGGUCGAGACCGCACGCACCGAAAGACGAACGAGCGCCAGCACCGUGGUCGCGAGUACUGUCGUAGGGGAGACGACCGCGCCGCAAUCCGAGAGUGGUGGCGAGGGCGGAAAGCGUUACGCGUGCGCCGCAUGUCCAUACGCGACCGACCGGCGCGACUUAUUCACGCGCCAUGAAAAUAUUCACCGGGACGAGAAACCCUUCCACUGCUACCUAUGCCAGAAGCAAUUCAAUAGAGCAGAUCACGUUAAGAAGCACUUCCUGCGCAUGCACCGGGACCAGCCCUACGACUUGAAUCGUAUCCGGCGCACCAGCGUGAAGAGUUCAACUAACGGAGCAGGAGCGACACUGUACUGCGGCGCACAGGGCGGUGGCGGCGCCGUGGCGACUGCUACCAAGGCCACUGACACGGCGCUGCCGACUCUGCCGCCCGCACCCCCCGCCGAAUGCCGCGCCGCGCCCGUCAAACUGGAGCGCGCGCCCCUCGUCAAGACCGACACGCCGGCCUCCGCAACCCACAAGCCUAGUGCAUCGAGUCCGGUACGACGUAAGGGGGAGCGCCGUUACGCUUGCUGUUACUGCGCGUGGUCCGGCGUAGAUAACUGGUGUCUGAAACGGCAUCUCAACACUCACUUGAAACCGUUCGCGUGCGCUCUGUGCGAGUAUAAAGCUGCGCGCGCCGAGCGGCUCGCCACGCACGUGCACAAGGUGCACAACAAAAAGGCCUGCGCCAAGUGUCCCUUCCUAGCGGACGAUCAACAACAACUAGCGCUUCAUCUACGCGACGCCCACCACAUCGAGAGUCGCAACUUAAAAGUUCCAUCGGGAGUGAAUCGCGGAGGGUUCGCAAGUGCGCCACAAGCUGCACCGGGAGGCGCCGUGGGAGCGACGGGCGCAGUGCAGGGGUCGGGCGCGCAGGCGGUGACCGCCGCGACCGCGAGCGGCGCAGGCGGGGCGGGCGCGGUGCCGGGCGCGGGAGGGGCGGGCGGCGGGGCGGGCGCGGCCGUGGGCGGCGUGCGGCGGCGCGAGAGCAGGGCAGCGGGCGCAGCGCGACUCUUUGGCUACCUGGAGGCUUCGGACGGGUCGGGUGACGAGUACGAGCCGCCGCCGCUACCGGCCGAGUUCGGCGCCGCGCCGCACUACGCCCGCGACAAGGAGAACGCCGCUCCUCCGCCACUGCACCACGCUCUGCAUCACGAUCACUGCCUCCGCUAUUAGUCAUGCAACCUUCUCCGCCGACAACAAUAAACCUUCUGUACCAUACUA